AAGGAAUCAUUUUGUGCGUGUUGAUGGAAACUGGGAAAAAAAGAUUAGGCACAAAAAGUAGUGAAUUUUGAAUUGAAUAUUCAUCACCCUCUUUUGUUUCUCGUCAGCCGCUCGCAUCAGCAUCAAACCACCUCAAUGGAUUAGUUGAUUACUAUUUCCUACUCACUCUAAUUAACAUAAAUUUCCAAAGCUCUGAAUUCUGAAACGCCAGAAUGGGUCACGGAGACUCCAAACUGUCGUCUUCUUCCGUAACGGAAAAGAAAGCCUCCCGUCGAGCUCGCUUCAAGCAGCGUCUUCACAUCGGCCACUAUAUUCGCCACCGCACCGCUAACUCUAACGGUAACGCUAACGGCAACGGCAACGGCAAAGGAUCUUCCUCCUCACAGAAACUCAUCUCCGCCGACAACUUCGCCGGAAUCGCCCUCUUUACCUUACUCCGCGCGGAGAUGCAGUUCAAGGACAAAUGGAUUGCAUGCCUUUCACUCGGAGAACAGACUUUCCGUACUAAGACCUCCGACAAUACAGACAAGCCUGUUUGGAAUUCUGAAAAGAAACUUCUUUUGGAACAGAAUGGACCACAUGUUGCAAGAAUCUCAGUUUACGAGACCAAUAAGUUGUCCAGCAAUACUCUUGUUGGAUACUGUGAGAUUGAUCUGCUUGAAUUUCUGACCCAAGGUAUACGCACAAGUUAUGCUGAAAAGGGAGGAAAAGGCAUCAAGGGGAAAAGAAGUGAUUCUGAUUCUGACACUGAGAUCAUCAACCUUUUAGAUCCAUCAGUUCCAGGAAAAGUGGUUGGCAGCAUUUCUAUUUCAUGUUCUAUAGAGGACCCAAUUGAGACGCAGAAAGGUUUUGUAAGACGCAUCUUAUCUAUAGUGGACUUCAAUGAAGAUGGGAUGCUUUCACUGUCUGAGUUUUCUGAUCUAAUCGAUGCUUUUGGCAAUCAAUUAGCAACCAGCAAGAAAGAGGAGUUGUUCAAAGCAGCUGACAAGAAUGGAGAUGGUGUUGUUAGCAUGGAUGAAUUGGCUGCCCUUCUUACAUUUCAACAAGAAAAGGAACCACUGUUGAAUUGCUGUCCUGUUUGUGGUGAGGUUCUUAAUAUUUCCGACCAGUUGAACAGCAUGAUUCACUUAACACUCUGUUUUGACGAAGGGACUGGAAAUCAGGUGAUGACUGGAGGAUUCUUGACUGAUAAGCAAGCUUCAUAUGGGUGGUUCUUCAAACUGAGUGAAUGGGCCCAUUUCUCAUCCUAUGAUGUUGGUAUUCGAUCUGGAUCUAGUGCUUCCCAUAUCCUGGUAUAUGAUCGGAAGUCUCAAAGGCUUGUCGAAGAAAUAAUUGACAAAAAAAUUGUUUUGUCUAUGAGAGCUAUUUAUCAGUCAAAAGUAGGCCUUGGCUUAAUGGAUGUAGGGGUUAAGGAGCUCUUACAAAGCAUUUCCGAAAAGCAGGGAGCACGAAUGGAUUCACCUGAAUCCGCUGCUGAUAUACCCAAGUUUGUUGAAUCUUAUAAGGGUCAAAUCAAUUUGGCUGAAGUCAAGUAUCCACUGGAACAAUUUAAGACAUUCAAUGAGUUUUUCAUUAGAGAGUUAAAGCCCGGUUCAAGACCAAUUUCCUCUCCUGAAUGUGAUAACAUUGCUGUAUGUGCUGCUGAUUGCCGUCUAAUGGCAUUUAAAACAGUUGAUGACAGUUCAAGAUUUUGGAUUAAGGGUCGAAAGUUUUCAGUUCAAGGUCUUUUGGGGAAAGAAAUGUGUUCCAAUGCUUUUGUUGAUGGAACUUUGGUAAUAUUCCGUUUGGCACCACAGGAUUAUCACCGUUUCCAUGUUCCAGUAUCAGGAACUAUUGAACAAUUUGUUGACAUCCCUGGAUGCUUAUAUACGGUCAAUCCAAUUGCUGUAAAUAGCAAGUACUGUAAUGUCUUCACGGAAAAUAAGCGAGUUGUUUCAAUAAUUUCUACUGUAGAUUUUGGAAAGGUGGCAUUUGUUGCAAUAGGAGCUACUAUGGUCGGCAGCAUUACUUUUACAAGGAAAAAGGGUGAUUAUGUCAAGAAGGGAGAUGAGUUUGGAUAUUUCUCCUUUGGUGGAAGCACUGUAAUUUGUGUUUUCGAAAAGAAUUCAAUAGCAAUUGAUGAAGAUCUUCUAGCAAAUAGCAGCAGAUCACUAGAGACCUUGGUUUGUGUGGGGAUGAGAUUGGGCAUCUCUAUGAAAUCGUCUUGAAAUCUGGUUGACCAACUUGGAAUUUUCAAUUUGUGUACCAUUCUCUUCUAACCAAUAACCAUGACAUUGCUAUUUUGUAAAGUACAGAUGUAUUUCAACCUCUUUCAGCCGUAACUCUAGCUAAUUUUAUCUGUAUAAUAAAAUAUAGGUUUAGCUAAGCGUGAUACAAAAUCAUUGCUUGCAGUUUCAGCUUAGUAAAAGCAAAUGAACAUUGAACAACCAAUAAUGUAUAAAGGAUCUUACACGUCUUUCUCUCGCGCAAUUCAAGAAUCUAUUGUUUCACUUCAACAAUUGAAUGAUUUGUAAACCGAUUACUGGUGGUAUCGACUGGCAGUUAACCUUUAUCAUUGUCUUUCCGAUGUUUGAGUUUCGCGAAUUGGAAAGAGAGAGGAAUGGAAAGAAGAUAAGAGGUAUCUUUUGAGUUUAAAAUAAAGAGAAAAUUUUGAAGCUAACA